AUGAGGUGGUUGAAGCAGACGUACGAUUCGAUAAACAGCGAAGACAUCGAGGAGAACACGGCGGAGGAAAUCAGAGACUUUCUUACCGCGAAAAAAGACAGAGAUGCUGCUGCUCCCGACCGGCAUCCUGCUUAUUCUUCAACUAACCAACCUCUGACACUACAAGGGAGUGAAUCCCCCGUGCAGUUUCAUCAUCCCAGUCCGAAACCCAAGGAGCUCCCUAAGGUCACAUCCCUCCUCGAGUCAUUCGACGAGCCCUCAAUGACCCCCUAUACCAUUCCGAAGCCCCCUCCCGGUCGCAGUGCUGGUAUACCCUGUAUGGACACGCGCGAUAGCUUGAUGAUGCAACGCCUAACAGACCAAUUUUCUCCCCAAAGAGUUUUACAAGCUAGCGAAGUGGGAGAGACAACGACCCUGAAGAAACAGCUCGAGGACAUAUUCGGGCCUUUCGUGAACACUCUAAAAUCAUUCAAAGAUAUACCGGCAGAAGACUGGGUCAGGGCUGCGACAUGGUGGGCGCUUAAGGGAAAUGAACAAAUGGAGGCGGUGGAUUACCACAAGGGCGCAAUGCCUGUAGUCAACAGAGAUGCGGAAGCAUCGCGGAUGUCUAUUCAGGGAGCCGUCAAUCUGGCCAAAGCCUGGUGGAUAUGUCACUGCAUCAUACCUGAAUUAGGUUGUGGUGAAUCGCUAGCCGGUACUGGCCUUUGCCUUACACUGAUAGACCAAUACAGGUGUGCCCAGCGAUACCUUGAAGGACUUACCUACACUAUCUCCACCCUGCUUGAGACGAAACAUGACCAGGUAACUGAGAUCGAUGUCGACAGAAGCCUGUGGAUUAUGUACCCGUCACGCAGCCCAAAAGAACGCGAGAUCCUUUGUUUCGAUCGAUCUCAGCCGGCCGAUACUAUUCCCCCUUUAGCCUUCGGCGAUACCGAUACAUUAUUUUCUUACGGAAGCGAGUUUGUCAGUCUGAUGUUGCUCACUGAGGAAGCCGAUCGCCCAUCGCCUUCCUUUGAGUGUGUGCUCUCGUUUAUCCGCUUCCAAUCGAAUUGGGAGAUCGUUGCUGUUCUCGCCAGCCAAACAGCAGCUGUUUACAUUGAGAUCCACUCAAGCCGGAAAAGGAACAUAUCAUGGCAUGAUGUCUAUUGGGAUGCAACUCGUUCGGUGCUACAAAUCAUGCUUGACCCGCAGUACAUCGCUCAGGUGCAGCUCACCGAGCAGAGCUUUAAGAUGGUAUGGCAGAUUGCGCAGCAGAUCAUGCAGACCGAGUCUCUCCUAGUUGCGGGAGACCUCGAAACGCUCGUUUUCGAGGAUACCGUGGGGUUCUGUCACUACGUAAGUCACGAUAGGCCUAGCAGCUUCCCCUCAAGGCCUGUGGCACAAUGUCAAGUUCGACUGUUUGAGAGGUUCGAAAGGGUCAAGGAAGGAACAAUCGAACGCAGGGUGCAUUGUGGAUUUCGUCUUUUCGUCACUACUCCGCCACAGGCUAAGACGAUCAGCAAAGCGUCUCACCACUUCUCUAACAACACCCCGUUGUUGUAUGGUAUUUACGAAGACGAUAAUGGAUUCCCCGGCCUGCUGCUGCAGCUCCGAGAGGGAUCCCAUAGACUCUCUAUUUCACUGACCUGCUAUGACCGCCACGCGCGCAGCCUGUUGCAUGCGCUACUAUCGAGCGCUAGUCCUCAAGAUCAUGAGGCCAAGUCAGAGAAGUUUCCUAUACGCUCCCUUGCGUUAUCAGAACCUCCUGAUCGUGACUUCGAUAUGCAAAGUAUCCGACACCUCGAGGUCGGAGAAAGCAUGGCGUGUGUGAUCGAGGAAAAGGAUGGAGUUGGUCGAAGCCCGUAUGGCAACACUGUUUGGUCUGAGACGUUGAGGGUCAUUAUAGAGACUAGCUGGGGGUCGAUUACAGACCGAAUCAACCUAGCACCCUCACAUCUCAGGAUCGGUCUUUGCGUCCUCGACAACAAAGUGUUGAAUAUCCUGCGGUCUCCACAAAGCGACAUGACCAUUUGCAUCAGACAAGAUACCCAGAGCGACAAGUUGAUGGAGAACUUGACCAAAGUGAUAACGGCCAUACAAGCAAAAUUCACCCUACGGCGAAUAGAGUUCAAUUCCAUCGAAGACCUCCACAAGUUCCAACAAGCAAUAACGGGCUACAAAGUGCGCUUCGACCGCGUAGCAAAGAGAUUCAUCAUAAACCGCCCACGGAAGCUAUUCGCCAUCCGCAACCAUUGGGAAGCUAACAUUACGCGGGUACAGCUUGUGCAGCAAAAAGGUAAGUUCCAGUUGAUUGCAUUCUUUUACCAAUCGCCACAUGGAAACUGCAUGAACUUCGAAGUCAGAUGCACCGAGGACUUUCAGCCGAUCAACAAAAAUGAUCUUUGGGGUCUUGUCAUCAAGGAUGCCAAGUUUGCUCUACCGGAAAUUAAACCACACCUGCCGGGAUUUGUGUGUCUAGAUGAGCUGGAUUAUCCACUGGAGCAUGACGAUAUCUCCAUCAUGUUCAAUGAUAAGGCUGAGAGAGAUGAGCUGCUUGCUUGUUUACCUGGGUAUGGGGGUGAAGCUUAG